AUGGCUUCCUCCUCCUCCCACGAAGCGACGACGACGACCCUCGUCGAGCGCGUCCAAAACUUUGUCGCUGAGAACAAGCGCGCCAUCCUGCUGACGACGGCAGCGGCCGCGAUUGGUGUUGCUGGCGUUGCCUACUACGCAUCCACGUCCAGACCGCGACCACCGCCUGACGCGGAGCAGGGGGAGAAGAAGAAAAAGAGCAAGAGCGGUAAGAAGAAGAAGUCAUCCAAGAAGGACGAUGGCCCUAUUUUAGAGGAAAUUAAGCCCAAGAGCGCUAAGGUCGAGGACGAGGAACUGAACUUCAACUUGGCCGCGGAUGAGAUUUUGGCCCUCCCUGAAGAGUCAUACGACAUGCAGCAACGCGCCAAGUACGCGGCGGCCUUCAAAUCCCAAGGAAACAACGCCUACACCAAGCGCAACUUCUCUGAAGCUGCCGAGCACUACACAAAAGCAAUCGCCGUUUCUCCAAAACCUGAACCCGUGUUCUAUAGCAAUCGGGCAGCAUGCUAUGUCAACUUCUCACCGCCUAAACAUGACUUGGUCGUUCGGGAUUGCGACGAAGCACUCAAGCUUGACCCUAACUACGUGAAAGCUCUCAAUCGACGUGCCGUUGGUCUGGAGGGUUUGGGACGAUACGAGGAGGCUCUUCGUGACUACACUGCUGCUACCAUCCUCGACAAAUUCCAAAAUGCCUCGACCGCCCAGGCCGUGGAGCGAGUUCUCAAGACCAUCUCGUCAACUAAAGCUGCUGAGAUCCUCGCUCAACGAGAACCCAGACUACCCUCCUACACCUUUGUUUCGGCGUACUUUGCAGCCUUCCGACCUCGUCCUGCCCUUGAGCUCCCUGAAAACCCCUCGCAGGGCGACCAGACGCUCCAACUCUCUCUCCAAGCACUCGAGGCAGCCGACUACGCUCAUGCUUUGUCCUUCGUGAAUGAAGCUAUCGACCAGGGCAUCUCAUGGGACGCCGGAAAGGCCGAAGCCUUCAACCUUCGUGGCACCUUCAAGUUCUUGAUUGGCGACAUUGAAGGUUCCAAGGGCGAUCUCCAAACUGCUAUCAACCUCUACCCAUCUUCUACCCAGAGCUUGGUCAAGAUUGCCAGCGUGCACAUGGAGCAAGGGAACCCCGUCAAGGCCUUUGAAUGCUUCGAAGAGGCCAUCAAACACAAUCCCAACGACCCCGAUAUCUACUAUCACCGUGGACAAGUGCUCUUCAUCAUGAGCGACUUCGACAAGGCUGCAGAGGACUACACCAAGUCCACCGAGCUCGACGAUCAAUUCGUGUUCUCGCACAUCCAGUUGGCCGUUGCUCAAUACAAGGCAGGCAAUAUUGCCAACAGCAUGGCCCAGUUCAGGAGGACGAUGAAGGCUUUCCCACAAAGGAGCGAACCCCAGAACUACUACGGUGAACUCUUGCUUGAUCAGCAGCGAUACCAAGACGCCGUGGAGAAGUUCGACAGGGCCAUCGAGAUCGAGAAAGCCAAGCCCCGCCCCAAUGUUCUCCCUCUCGUCAACAAGGGUCUCGCGCUUUACCAAUGGAAACAAGAUAUCGCCGCCGCUGAGGAAUGCUGCAACGAAGCUCUCACAAUCGACCCCGACUGUGACGCUGCCGUCGCCACCCUCGCUCAACUAAGCCUCCAGCAGAGCAAGAUUGAGAAGGCGAUGGAGAUGUUCAAGAAGCAGACCGAGUUGGCCAGGACGGAGCCUGAGUUGGUUAACGCGUUGACCUACCAAUACGCCACGGCUGCUCAGCUGGAGUUCUUGAAGACCUAUCCCGAGAUGGCUGCUCAACUUAACGCUCUUGCUAGGGGCAUGGCGUAAUUCCACUGUCCUUUUAUGCAUGCGUUUUUGAGUCGUCCCGAUCCACACUACCAUUAUACGUUUUCUAGCCCAUGGACACUGCAAUCUUUGAGCCACCUUCCUUUUAGUCGCUACGCUACCUUGUUUAUUAGUUCCUCUCUU